AUGAACCUUAAUGAAAAUAUUUCUCAAAAUGGGUUUAAUAACACGAUACAAGAAGAUGAAGAUUCAAUGGGUUUAAUGUCAGAAGGUUUAGACGGAAGUGGAAAUGAAGGGUAUCGAGAAAAUAAAAUAAAGAACUAUAGGAAAGAAAAAUAUGAGGGUAACAAGAAUGCUAAUACUCAUGAAUCAUUGUUAAAAAAUAAUAAGGAUAAUAUUGAUACCAAGUUAGGUUUUGAUAUAAGGAAUGUUCUGAGACAUGCAUAUUUACCUGUAUGCAUAGAAAAAAUGAAAGAAGGAGAAUACGUAUAUAAAUGGAAUAAUAAUAAUAUAUUUCAAAAAAAGACAUUAAAAUUUGUUUAUUUAGAUACAAAUAAUUAUUGCAUAAGAUGGAAUUCCAAAAAAAAAAAAUUAAAAGAAAAUAAGAAUCUAUCAUUAUAUAUAUGUGAUAUAAUAAAAAUAUUAGAUGGAUCUGAAUCUCCAUUUUUUAAAAAAAAAGAAGAAGAGAAAAGUUUAUCCAUUGAAAUUAUAAGUAUAGAUCGAAAUUUAAGAAUUACCUUUUUAGAUAUUCAAAGAUGGAAAAUGUGGCUUUUUGGUUUAAUGUACUACCAUUAUAAAUUAGUUAAUAAAAGUUCACGAGAGCGAAAAAAAUUAAAACCCUUUAUAUAUGAGUCUAAUAAAUUAUAUGAUAAUUAUAUAAUAUCAGGAUUAAAAGAUAUUAAUGUUUUAACAUUAUCACAAUUAUAUAUUAUUUUAAGAAGUUUAAAUAUUUAUAUAAAUAUGAAAAUAUUAUAUCAUUAUUUUUCUAUAUAUAAAAAUAAAGGAACUAUAAAUUAUUAUGGUUUUACAAAAAUAUUAGAACAUAUAUUUUCAAAUAACCAUAUUUCUAUUCAUUUUAAUAUGUACAAAAAUAAUGAUACAAAUUAUAUAGAUAAAAAUCAAUUUAUUAAUUUUUUAGUUGAUAUACAAUGUGAAGGCAAAUCUGAAGAACGCAUAUUCAGAAUUCAUAAAAAAGAUAAUUGCAUUCGUUUAAUUCAAGAUCAGGUUGAACAAAACGAGGUAAAAAAAAAAGAAGAUAAUCAAGCGCAAAAUUGCAAUAAUAAUGAAAUGGAUACAAAUCAACAUAAUGUUAAAGACAAAAUAAAAGAUAAUCAACACAUUAAUGAAAAAAAUGAACAUAAUAUUAGUGAAAAUAUUUCUAAUGAUAAUAAAAUAUCGGAAAAUAAUUCUAUGCUUGAUGAAAUAGCAAAUGGUUAUAAUUUAGAUUAUUGUGAAUGGCAGAAUUUAAUGAAAACAUUAGAUGUUACUGACAAUCAAAAUGAACAUAAUUUACAAUGUAAUGCUAAUAUCGAACUCAACAGUUUUAUGAUUUCUGACCAUACAAAACAAUAUGAUAAAGAUUAUACAAUGAUUUUAAAUACAUUGAAAGAUAAAUAUGGAAUUUCGUCUACUACUAGUUGUUAUGAUGAGGUUAAUAUAAACUCACAUAAUAAAUCAGAAAAAGAAUAUAAACGUGAAACAUAUACAUAUGAAAAAAAUGACGGAAAAGAUCAAACUAAUGAAAUCUCUAAAGAAGAUAAAAAUAAAGACGAUUUUUAUUUUAUACGAACCAAUAUUAUAUACAAGUCAUUAAAUACAAUAAAAAAAUAUAAUAUUCCAUUUGUUAUAACCAAUGAAGGUAAUCAUUAUUUGACACAAAUUGGAUUAGUUUAUUUUUUAUUAUCAAAAGAAAAUAGUAUUAUGUGCCCAGAAUAUGCUAAGGUAUAUCAAAAUAUGAACUUGCCUUUAUGUAACUAUUGGAUUAAUAGUAGCCAUAAUAGUUACUUAGAUAGAAAACAAAUUUUUAGUGAAAGUAGUAUUGAACAAUAUAUAUAUAUAUUAAUAGAUGGGUGUAGAUGUGUUGAAUUUGAUUGUUAUUAUUUUAAUAAAAAUAUUGUUGUAUACCAUGGUUUGUAUGGAUACAAAUUAACAUCAUCCAUAUUAUUUUGUGAUACUCUAAUUGCUUGCAAAAUGUUUGGAUUUGCAACAUCACCCUAUCCAAUAAUAUUGUCAUUAGAGAUUCAUUGUAAAGAUAAACAUAAAAAUUUAAUCGCAAAAAUAUUAAUAUAUAUUUUAGGUAAUCAACUUUAUAUCCCCAAAACAAAAGACGAAAUUAAUAAUAUAACACCAAACAAUUGCAGAAAUAAAUUCUUAGUUAAAUAUAAACAUUUUGAUAAUAAUGAUACUUCAAGCUUUUACAACAUAUUUGAAGGCUUAAAAAGUGUCAUGUAUGAUGAAUUGGGAUAUUUCUCAGAUAUUAUUAAUGAGGAGGAAGCCAUAAAUGUUGAUGAAUCCAAAGAACAUGGAAUUAUCGAAAAAAUUUAUGAAAAGGACAAUAAAAUUCGCGUUGAAAAUCAAAACAUGAAAUUAGAAAACCAGGUUAAUAAUUAUAUCGAGCAAAGUAAUUCGAAUCAUACUAAUUAUAAAAAUAGUGAUGAAAACAAUAUAUGGGACAAUGAAAAUGUGGCACAAAGGGACCUACAUGAAAUGGGCAGUAAUUACAGUAGUAGCUCUAGUAGCAAAUUCCUAUAUGAAAAGGAUAUUAUUCAUAAAACUCAAAUUGAUGAAAAACAUAGAAAAAAAGGCAGUUUCCCAAAUAAUAAUUCACGAUUCGACAAUAGUAGUAUUCCCAAUAAUAUUAGCACUUCAGAUACUAUUACAAAUUGCAGCAAAAAUGUCUCUGGAGGUUCUCAUAUGUUAAAGGAUGAAAAUAAAAAAAAACAAGAUAACGAAAAAUACAAAAAUAAUAUAUUAAACAAAUGCUCAUGCUUAAAAGGAUAUGUAUUUAAAAGUUUUCAGGAAAAUAGAACAUACAAUGAAAUAUGUUCUAUUAGUGAAAAUAAAUUUAUAAAAUUAAUUAAAAAAAAUGAAGAUGAUGUUAUCAAAUAUAAUCAAAAAACAUUAAUGCGUGUAUAUCCAUCUGGUACUAGAUUAGCUUCAACAAAUUUUAACCCAAUUAUUUUUUGGAGUGCUGGAAUACAAUUUGUUGCAUUAAAUUAUCAAUAUAACGGCUUAAGUAUGUUAUUAAAUAAAGGAAGAUUUUUAGAAAACGGAGGAAAACAUUCCGGUUAUAUAUUAAAACCUGAAUUAUUACGAUUUAAUAAAAAGCAUGAUUAUGAUGCCUUAUCAUUAAAUAUCCAAAUAUUAUCAUUGCAUCAAAUUAAUUUACUAUUUUCAAUUAAAAAUAAAUAUCAAGAAAAAAAAUUAAAAAAGGAACUAUUCAAAAUGGAUAUGAUUCAACGUAUACAAACUCAUAAAAAAAUUAGCAAUAAAAGGAAAAAAUUUAAGUAUUUACAAAAAUUGGAAAGAGAAAAGAAGAACACACUUCUUUCAGAUAUACAAUCAGAUGAUAGUAAACAAAAAAAAAAAAUUAGUAAUGAGACAUUAUUAAAAAAGUUUAAAGAUAAUGACAGCGAUGUUAAUUAUAUUCAUAAAAAAUUCGCACAUAUUGAAAAAGAAUAUGAAGAUAUGUUAACAGAAUACAAAUCAUUUUUGUUAUGCUCCACAUUGUCCCAUAGUAGUAGUUUUAAUAGUUGUAGUAGCAUUACAACAACAUCGAAUAAUACCACAGACUCAAAUAAAAAAGUAUCAUCGAAAUCCAAAAAAAAAAACUUUUACCAGGCUUUUCUAGAAUUAAAAAAAGCAAAUAAUUUAUUUUUCUAUCUCUAUGUUACUAUUUCUAUACAUGGAUAUAACGAGCAAAAAUGUUAUUUUAAAACAGAAAUCGCCAAAGUUAAUUUCUAUGACAUAAAUUAUUGUUGGCCAAAACCAUCUAAUUUCCAAAUGAAAAUAAUGUACCCAUCACUGGCUCUUAUUGUAUUUGAAUUAAAAUCAUAUGACACUGUAAAAAGUGAUAUUAUUGCAUGUGCUUGUUUCCCAGUGAAAUGUCUAAGAGAAGGUAUUCGAUUCGUUCCGCUGUGUGACAAGCAUUUAAAAGACAUAAAGGGAUCAGGGAUUUUAGUUAACUUGAAAUUUGAUAAAAUAACUGAGAAUACUUAA